UCGCCGCCGGUGCAGCAUGGGCCAGUGCGGCAUCACGUCGUCCAAGACGGUGCUGGUGUUCCUCAACCUCAUCUUCUGGGGAGCUGCUGGCAUUUUAUGCUAUGUUGGAGCCUACGUCUUCAUCACUUAUGAUGACUACGACCAUUUCUUUGAAGAUGUGUACACUCUCAUCCCUGCAGUCGUGAUUAUAGCUGUUGGAGCCCUACUUUUCAUUAUUGGGCUCAUUGGUUGCUGUGCCACAAUCCGGGAAAGCCGCUGUGGACUUGCCACGUUUGUCAUCAUUCUUCUCUUGGUUUUUGUCACAGAAGUUGUUGUUGUGGUUUUGGGGUACGUUUACAGAGCAAAGGUGGAAAAUGAAGUUGAUCGUAGCAUUCAGAAAGUUUAUAAGACCUACAAUGGAACCAACCCUGAUGCUGCUAGCCGGGCUAUUGAUUAUGUACAAAGACAGCUGCACUGUUGUGGAAUUCGCAACUAUUCAGACUGGGAAAAUACAGACUGGUUCAAAGAAACCAAAAAUCAGAGUGUCCCUCUUAGCUGUUGCAGAGAGACUUCCAGCAGCUGUAAUGGCAGCCUUGCCCACCCCGCUGACCUCUAUGCUGAGGGGUGUGAGGCACUAGUUGUGAAGAAACUGCAAGAAAUCAUGAUGCUCGUUAUCUGGGCAGCACUGGCAUUUGCGGCUAUUCAGCUGCUGGGCAUGCUGUGUGCAUGCAUCGUGUUGUGCAGAAGAAGUAGAGAUCCUGCCUAUGAGCUCCUCAUCACCGGUGGAACCUAUGCCUAGUAGAACAAACCUUUAAGUCUCCUUCUGAUUUGGAAGGUGAAGUGAGCAGGUCUCCUGCCAUUGGCCCCCCUGAGUUCAUUUAGUUAAAGCACACACAUGCAGGUGUUGGACAGAGCAGCUUGCCUCUUCCUGUGCCCACCUCCUCCCCACCCACCUCUGACUUCAGAUACCCUGUUCUAGCGAACUCUCCAUAUCCCUGAGUCAUUAAGUACAGUGGCAGCUGUUCUCAUUCAGGUUGUGUGGUGAUCCCUAAUUAGAGGAGGCUCUGCGCCUGCUUCUGUUACCUCCGAGCAGUGAUGGACAGCUGCUGCAGUGUCGCCAUGUCCUUUCAGUCUUUCACAGCAGAGAACUCCUGGCCAAAGUUUUCUAGGGGAGGGGGAGGAAUCCAGCUGUCUGGGUCAAAUUAAUACCAGAUGGUACCCCUCAUUGGUGUCCUUUUCAAAUAUAUAUAUAUACAUAUAUAUAUAUAAUCCAAUAAGAUAGCAACUGUACAAAAUGGCUAAAGUAGCUUUAGAAUCAUACAGUGUAUUUUGGUUCGUCUUCAAAAUCAGACUGAUCUAUGACACUAGCAUUUUUUUAAUCAAAGCUGGCUUUAUAGGAGGAUAUAAUGUAUACACUACUGUUUUAAAGCAAUUAGUGUGAAUGUGUGUAUGCAUGUUUUUGUAUGCCUGAACCCAUUCAUCAUAAGUUUAAACUCAUUAGGAAUAAUGUACCCAUGUAGAUUAGCAAAAUAGUAUGUAGAUGUGAUCAGCUGUAAAUAGAAAAAUCUAAUUCAAUAAACCAUAUCAUCCCUAAA